AUGACAACCUCUUACAUACUACACACACUUGAGAAAUUAGAUGAAAUAUUCAAUAAGACUCCUAAUAGGAGACACAACCAAGAGAUGUUCUUGAGAAACAACCUACUUAGAUCCCCAAUUGCUAGAAAAAUGGCUACCCUAACCCCAGUCGCUACCAAGAAUGCCCCACCAGCUGCCGCUUCUUACUCCCAAGCCAUGAAGGCCAACAAUUUGAUCUUUGUCUCUGGUCAAAUCCCCUACACUCCAGAAAACAAGCCAGUGGAAGGUUCGAUUGCCGACAAAGCUGAGCAAGUCUUCAAAAACGUUAGAAACAUCCUUGAAGCCAGUGAUUCUUCCUUUGAAAGAGUCAUCAAGGUCAAUGUGUUCCUUGCAGACAUCAACAACUUUGCCGAAUUCAACAAAGUUUACGCCAAGUACUUCAGCACUCACAAGCCAGCUAGAUCCUGUGUUGCAGUUGCAGCCUUGCCAUUGAACGUUGAUUUGGAGAUGGAAGUCAUCGCUACCGAGAACGAGAAGUCCGCUUCUCAUCUAUAG